AUGAAGGCAGAUGCAGGGAGGAGCCCCAAGGGCGAACCGCCCACAACGGUGUACCUCCAAGUGUACCAAAAGAUAAGUAUCUACUACGAAUGUGCAAUUAACGAAGAGGAAAGAAAAAACAAAAGAAUAUUGAGGAAAAAUAAAAGCAUAAAUGAAUUGAAGCAAGUACAGGAAGAGCUCAUCGAUUUCUUCGAUGAAAAUAUCAACCUGUUUGCAAACCCAUUUCACUUCCUGCAAUACGAAGAGGAAGACGUGAAUAAAAAUGACCUAAGGAAUUACAUCACAGACAAUUGCUCCUACUUAUUAACCUACAUGGAGGAUAUAAUAAAAUGCUCUGUGAUUCUGAACCGCAAUGCAAUGCAUGUGUGUAACUUGUUUAACGAGGUGUACAAACAAAUUCAAAACGAGUGUAUAAAAAGUGAACUGAAAAAGUCUGAAUUUAUCUGCGAAGUUUUUAAGGCGUGCAUUGAGAAGGAAAAUUUAAUCCUCAUGAUAUUUUUUACCAUUUUAAAUUACCUGAACAAAAAUGAAAAAAUCGGGGUGACCACAAAAUAUGGGCACACCAGGUCAUCCAAGAAUGAAUACUUCAGUGAGGAGAAGGAAGAAAACUUCACAGACAUGGAGGGAAGAAAACGCGGGCAGGGACACGCCGACCAGGACGAUUCAGACGAUGGGGAGGAAAGCGAAAGGGACGCUGAUGAGGAAGAUUUGAAGACGUCCAGUGGAGUUACCUCCUCGUCGAACAACUCCAUUAGCAGUGUACGCAUUCCAAGGAGGAUCUCCAGACAGUUUAACUCCAGCAACAGAAUUAACGCAGACAGAUUUUCCCUAUACAUUUUAACCCAACUGACGGAAAAUGACUUUGUGGAAAAUAUACUUUCCGAAGUGGAAAGAAUUCUAAAGUUUCUAAUAAAGUAUGAUGACAUUUGUAUGAAAAUGGAUUACGUAUUCAGUUACAAGGCGCAUAAGAUUAACGUUCUUUUCAAUCUGGUGGAUGUCCUUUUCUUAUAUUUUUCUAAAUUUCAAGCCACAUCCACUCACGUCACUACUUUAUUUAAGCUGAUCAACCACGUGGUGUCGGCAAAGUACUUCGAUUUCGUAACCACAGAUCAUUACGUGAAGGAGUUGGACAGUUCUCUUUUCGUCCACGCGAGGAAGAAGAGGAAAAGAUUUUUCAAAUACCUGAGGACUGUUCGUAAUAGUAAAUUCGUUUCCCAAAUGGAAGAAUACUACCGGCUGGAUAUGCCUGUGGAGGCGGUUGGACAGAUAGGUCCAGUGGAGGCCAUCCCAUUAGGUAGUCAACAAACCGGUGUCACUCCUCACAAUAGCAACAAUGGGGCAGGACCCAUUUUGGGAAACAUCCCUAGCGGGGCGGAACAGAAGCCCUUUGGCGGUAUUCCACUAAGUGGGGGAAACCCUACACAGGGUAACGUCCCGAGCAUUUUAAUAAAUGGCCAGGAGAAGGGCAAGGAGGAAAGCGCCAAGGGGGCAAACACUGCAGGAAGUGCACUAUCCAACACACCAGGAACGACGCCGCAGAACUGUGCAAGCGGCUUCCUCGGAGUGCUUCCCCCUCCAAAUGUGUCCCGUGACGGAAAGAACAAGUUCUACGAGCAACAGAGUGACAAACUGAGGAACAACCACUACCUGAACCGAUGCCUAGACUGCCAGGGGUACUGGUACAACUGCAACUGCAGCUUGAACGACUUCGACAUGUCCAGCUUAACGCUGACGACCCAGAUCAGCUUACUACUUAUACUUUGUCUACACCCAAAUGUAGAAAAAUAUGUGUACGAGAAGAGGAAAAACAUCACCGUGGAGGACACCUCCCCGAGUAAGGGAGACGUUACUUACCUACUCGAACGGAAGAAGGAAAAAAUAAACUUCCAAAGUUUUUACUACCCAGACACGUGGAAGUACAAUUGUAUGAGUUCGAACAAGGAGUUGAAGCAUCUGAACAGUUUAAAGAAUACCUACUCGGUCAGUUCCUCCUUCAUAAAGGAAAAUGUGUCACACUAUUAUUCCUUCUUUGUGAAGAUAAAUGAGGAGGAAAAACGGAAGAGAAAAAACACGAAAAGUGCAGACAGGAUGGUUGGGUCUGGACAAAUAUCUACAGAACAAACCCCCCAAGGAGAUGCUUUCUGGAAGGGUGGAAAUGCAUCUAACGAAGGGGAGGAAUCCAUGGAAGUAGACCCGAAUGUGAUCAUACUACGAUUUGUUGUGAGUCUAUUUACGCACAAUAAGGAAGAAAUCUUCUGGGCCAUUUUCGAAGGGAAUUUUUUCAGAGUCUUCUACGACGUGGUGCUUAAGAAGAUUUCCAGUGCAACUCUUGUUGGCACGCUCAUGUUUCAUCUCUUCCACAUGUUGUUCUCAUACUCCUUUAUAAAAAAUUCUCGUACAACGGAUCUGUGGAAUUCUUUCAUGGAUUUUCACAUAAAGAAGGAUUUUCAAAUUAGGUGGACGAAGAGGAGCGGGGGUGAAGCAUCAUCCCUGGAGAGGGGAAUACCCCACGUGGGGAUCCCUGACCCUCCAGUGGAUCUCCUCCCUGGGGAGGUAAACCACACAGAGGAGGCUCUCCUCCUGGUGGAUGCAUCCGAUUUUUACAAAUCCAGAAUGGCGAAUAGUACCCCCUCCAGGGGAACAACCCCACAAUACGGAUCGAACAACAUCAUCCACAUAUAUAAGCGGAAGGGGGAGUACCUAAUCGACGUCCUGACCUUUUUGAAAAUUCUCUGCAACAAUUACCCCCGCUUGGUAAAAAAAUAUGUGUGUAUUCUGAAGAGCAUAAUAAAUCGGUACCACUCCCGUAUUAUGGAAUUUUCCCAAAUGGACGAAGCGGUUUUCCACCACAACGUUGAUCAAACGAAUGAGUACGCCACGAGGAAGGGAAGUAACGACGUCGACAUUCUGUACCAUGGGAAGGAAAAUAACCUUACCAGCAUAAAUGAAGAAAGGAGAAUUAUAAUAAUGAGGUAUAAAAAUUUGAAAAUAAUUGCCGAAGAGAAGAUGAGAAUUUGUUUAGACUUUUAUUCCGACGUUUUUGUGAACGUGUUGGACUUCGCCUCCGUCUUAUGUAACAACCUGUACGAUCUGAAGGUGAUAGAGCAUGUGGUCCUUUGCUUUAAGACCCCCCUCACGGCAAAUUUAAACAUUUUCAAUCUGACGAAAAAGUUAUACAGUCAGUUUGUUUGUACGCUUAGUGGAAAGUACAACGAAUUUUCAAAAAUUACAAAUCAGCAACAUAUGUAUGGAAGGACCAAAAAUAAUGACAGAGGAAGUAAUGUGCUCCACUUUUUGGACGACAAAAACCUCAUGGUUGGAAACAAAUUCACGGAGAAGGAUUCCUACAGGAGUGUCCUAAACGGGAGAAUUUUCUCCACUCCAUCUGGGGAUGACCCGAAUGGAGGAACAGGAGGUGCUACUACGUUUAACGCCACAAGAUCGUCUUACACACAUGGGGAGGGAAACACCUCCCUAAUCAGUAGCAAUAACAGCUGCUAUGUGACCUACCUGCACUACUUUAAAAUUCUGCUCAUUGAAAAACUGUAUGAGCAGAACAACGCCCUUAAGGGGAUAUUGAAAAACCACCAAAUAUUGGACUACGUGCAAAACAACAACGUUUACCUGAACAACCUCAUAAAGGAGAAUGCCCUUGUGGAAAAACACUUGAUCGAACGGGGCGUAUUCAAAUAUGACCGUGCGAAAUAUGAGGCGUUUUGCAAGAAGCUGUCUCUUCAGAGGGACCACCACGCUGGAUGCGUGAGGGAAGCCAGCCGACUGUUGCAGGAUAUAACGUUGGGUACUGAGAAGCUGCGUCCCUUUGCGGGGUGCAAGUUGGUGCAGGGAGCGGCCACGUCGAACAUGACUAACACGACGAACGCAGCCAACACGGUCACAGCUAACGUGGCCACUGCUAACGCGGUUUCCGCCAACGUGGAGACCCCCCUGCUUGCGAAAAUCCUCGAGCAGGAGAACUGCAUCGACUACCUCCUGGAGGAGAACAAGUUAACGGAGAAUCUGCUGCGGGAGAAUAACUUUCUGAAGAGCGAGUUCAACAGGCACAACGUGGCCGAAGCGCUCUUCCAAAAUAAGUUGGAUGAAGCACAAUUGGAAGGAUUGAAGACAAUCACCCAGAACGAGUAUGACGUGAAGCAAAUACUAGAAUACGAGGAAAAGAUAAAAAGCAUAAGCAAGAACAACGAUGGAUCGUACAACAAUAAAGAGGCGAUAAAAAUAUUUUUCGAGGAAAAUAAAAACGCAAUAGAUUUUUUCCUAGACAGUAAACAUAAACUUUCCCUGUUUAAGGACGAUGACAUAACCUCCACAAAUGAGGACCUUAUGAAUAGAGCAAAAGUGAUUCUGAAAAAUGAGCUCCAGAGUGAGAGAAAAGGUACCAACAUAGAUGCAAGAUACCUUCUGGCAAACAUAUUUGAGCAAAAUGUGUAUCCAUACAAUUGUCUGAAGAUGCUGGAGAAGUGUCUCCUAUUCCUCUCCUCCGUGAAUAACAACAAGCUGUGUUACUACCUGCCGAUAAAUAAGAACCUGCUAAUCGACUACAUACUGUUGGAGCAGUACGAUGGGGGGGCAGGCAGCGGCGUUGCGUCCAACACCUUGAGCGUGGAAAAUCUCAAAGCGGAGCUGAAGAAAGGCACCCAAUACCACCUCGAGCAUGAAAACAACUUAUUUAAAAUAAAGAACAGAAAAUACAACAACCUGAUUUCCCUUGUCGACACGGAAAAUCUAAUAAACACAACAAAUUUUAAAAAUGUGUUCAUUCAUAAUCUGAACCUACAGAACAAGGUCAGUGAAGCGAAGGAUAAGAGUACUAAGCAAUACAGAACCAUGCACUUGUUAGACAUUUUGUAUGAAAUUAUUAAGACAAAGUAUAACUCCCAGAUUGACGUCAUUAAUUUGAAGUGCCUCUGCAUAGAAAUCCUCUGCUCUAGCUUUGUAAAAAACUCAUCUUCCGCUUUGUCCGUUUUGUGCACCCUUACCGAUGUCUUCCCUGAAUUGCUGUUUGAAGCCACCAAAAGGUACAACGAACAGAACGACCGGGUGAGGAAGCACUUCGAGCAGGUCGACAGAUUAGUCUCCUUAGGUCACCUAAAGAGUAGCACACUGGACGCGCUGGCUAGUAACUUCUCCUUCCCCUACUUUAACCUAAAAAUUAUUAUCACCUUUAUGAAGUGCGUGAACUUCUUACUCUACAUGAUUGGGAUAAAGAGAAAGUUUAAUCUCUCCCUGACCCGCGUCUGGCACUUUUUCAAUAACAUAGACAAGAUUGACGAGAUCGACCGGAAGAUUCGACGCAGGCAGGAGCAACAACGGCAGGGAGAAGCAGCAGAGGGAGGAAGAAAUGUUGGGAACGAUCCGACGAAGAAGGGCUACUACUCCGACCACCUGGAGGAUGCCUACCGGAACGGGAAGAAACCCCCCAAAGGAAAAAACUACAUUUUUUUCGACAUUUUUUACAACUUUGAUCGAUUUUUUGACGAGCUGUGCACGGAGGAUGAGCAAAGUCAGGGGGACUAUUCCGGCAGAGAGGACGCAGACCAAUACGAUCAGGAAUCUCCCCAUGGGGGUGCAGGUACAUCGAAGCGGAAGAAGAAACACUCUACCAAUGUAACGCUAAAUGGUGAUCACCAAAACGGCGCAAGCAACAACGCAGCAGGAGUAGACGGAGCAGAUGGAGCACACGCGGGAAAAGGGGGAUGGAGCAUGGCCGGGCGCAACGACAAUACAGACCCACAAAAUGACGACAACGAUGACGUGUACGAAAAUUGUUUGAAGAAAAAACUAAUGAUAGACGAUUGUGAAAAAAACGUAUGCAAGCAUUUAAUCCUACUCACCAACUACGUUGUUCAGAACAUCUUUUACAAUCUGAUUAACAAUUUUGUGUUAAAAAAAAUAAGAGACAAGAAAUACGAAAAUGAAGAUCAGCUAGAUGAAAAUGUGAAGCUAGAAUUCUUCAUGAACCGUCAGGAGAACUCCCUUUUCAGAAGGAGGUACAACUACUACGUGCAAAAGUCCAAAAACAUAGAAGCGCAAAUUAACAAAUUACAGAACGAUAUUAAUGUAAACACAACGAAUAUUUUACAGAUGGAGCAGACACUAAAACAGAACGGUGUUCCUUAUGAGCCAUAUGUUCUUGCACAGAGAAUGCUUAACAAGUCUUUUGCCGAGGUGGGGAACUUUGGGGAUUCGCUUUAUUCUCCUCCAGGUGUUACUUCAUCCAAUUUGUUUACCACGUCUCUGUUUAAUCAGCAGAGCGGCACUCCAGGUGGAUCCUCCACUACGUUAUUCAACGAGAGGAACUACCAAGGAAUGAAUUCAUCACCUCUGUCGACUGGAUUUGGCAACGCGGGGACCAUGGGAACCGCAACUGCAGCGUCUCCCUUUUCCUUUGCAAGAUCAGAUAACCAAACGGGGGUUACCUCCAAUUUGGGAAUAUCCACCACUGGACAGACCACUCAACAAUCAGGACUGCUAACCACAACGGGUGGUACAGGAGGUCUCUUCGGAUCUGCAUCGAACAGUCUACUGAAUAGUUCAACAGGAGGUGGUCUCUUUGGCACACAGAGGGCAGGCUCCCUUUCCGCCUCGCCCAGUAUGGGAGCAUCCUCCCUGGAGAAUGCCAAAACAACAUAUGAAUCUUCCACCCGUUGGGCCUCCCCCUCUGUCGGAGGGAUAACUACCCUGGGGGCGGCAACCCCUGCAGCGAGCUUCUCUUCAUUCAUGACCGGUGGAACGCUUAAUAAAGGAACGACGGUUGGUAACACGGUUGGCACUACGGGUGGCCUAUUUAACACCCCAACGAGCGCCCUAGUAACGAACAGCAACGCGAAUAAACCAGCAGGAGGAUCUUCCCUGUUCGGAUCCAAUAUGACCUCAUCUACAGGUUUGUUCGGCCCGUCGACCACCACAAAUAGCGGCACAUUCGGGUUCAAUCAAAGCGGGGCUGCGUCUAAUAGCGGCUUGCUCAGCAACACGAACAAGCUUUUUAGCAACCAAACGGGGGGCACGUCAAACCAGAUGCUUCCACAAGGGGGAGCCUCAUCAGGAGGAAAUCUCUUCGGAAACACGCAACAAAGCGGAGGCAGCCUCUUCGGGGGAAGCACCUCAUCGAACCAGAAUCAGCAAUUCAUGCAGAACAACGUAGGUUCCCAAUUUGGAAGUGCAACAUCUAGUGGUGUAAACAAGCCCAGCUUAUUCACCCCAGUUAACCAUAACAGCGUCUUCACAAAUACGUCCCUUGUAUCAGGAAGCAACACGUCCAACUCGUUGUUCAGUACGAAUAGGAUUGGAACAAAUGCAUCUACCAGUAGCCUCCUUAGCGGUAGUGCAAACGCUAGCAGUUUAUCUAACCCACUUGUUCAGAACAGCGGAAUGGGCAACUUUGGGAAUGUUGCAGCAUCUGGAGGGGGACAGAAUCAGAAUUCAAACUUUGCGUCUUCACAGAGCACUGGCUUAUUCUCACAAGGAGCAGGCACUUCCUUCAGUAGCAACAACCCCAUGCAGAACCAGAUGACUAACCAAACGAUGCAAUCAAAUUCACCAUUUUCUCUCACGAACAAAUCUACCGCGUUUGGUAGUGGCGUCACAGGGACAACAACUCCCUCCUUUACGAGUACGUUGGGAGGGACCACCACCUUAUCAAGCUUAGGCGGUGGCAAUAAUCUAACUGGAGGAGGCAGUUUAUUCGGUACGAAUAACGCACUCGGACAGAGCAACGCAGGGAAUUUCGCCACGACCAGCGGAACGAACAAUUCGCUGAACCUUUUUUCAGGCCAAACGAAUUCGUCCCUUCUGUCCGGUCAGGGUGCAACCCAAAGGACGGGUCUCUUCGGAAGCACGAACUCCUUUGGGGGGGCCUUCCAGCCAAGUGGACUGGGUGGAUCGGUGCAGAACAUGGAGCAACUAAAGAGUCUGUAUGAAAGUUUGAAGGUGAAGACCAACGCACUCUACGCAGAGGUGUACAAGCACCGGUUCGAAUUGAAAAAGAACGAAUAUAACUUGCUGAAGGAAAAGAAGAUCCAAGUGAUUAAGGAGAACAAAAUGAGGGAAACGAAGAGCAAGGCAGAUAUAAACUUUAAGGACAGAGAAAUGUAUGUCUUGAUAGUGUUGGUAUUUAUGUACUUUAAGUUAAUUCUGAAGGGACCUCUUCCCCUGAACGAUAACAACAGAAGUAUGAACAGAGUGAUGAAUGAGCGGUUCGAUUUCUCUUGCGACUUCAGACCCACGAUGUAUCUUUUUGAUCAGAUUUUAGGAGAGUCCAACAAAUUCAUGAGCAUAUUUUUGAAUGUAAUUUUCCUGGACAAUAUUAUGCACGAGGAGAAUCGGGCCCUGCAGGAGAUGAUCCUCAGGUGCAAAAACUAUGUGGACUACAUCAGUGUGUGCAACCAGAGGAAGAGCCUCUUCCUUAGGAAAACCGGUGGAAAUAAUUUGAAUCCGACUUCUAGCACGAAGAGCGACGUGUUCAGUUCAGCUACAUGCCAGGUUUACUACGACAAGAAGAUGCAAUACAUGACCUGUUCCUACUCGAAGGGAUACUACACAUCCCUCUUCUUGUGUAGGAUGAAGACCCUAGGGUUGGACCUUUUGAAAAUCCUCUUCGAACGAGACGUACUUUUCAUCCACAUGUACACCCUCUGGAAGAAUGAAAAAAUGCUACACAGAAAGAUUGACAAAUUUCACUUCGACCUCAACCUGGUGGAUGCAACUACUACGAAGAGUGAGACUGCCACAUCAGCUAGCACAGGGGGAAAGGCAGCAAAUAGAACAGUUGUUGGAUCACUGAUCGGAGGAACCAGCGGAACUGUUGCCAACGACGCAGAGGAAGACGGAGGAGAAAACCUCACAGGGAAGGACAUAAGCGUGACCGAAUCGUUGUGCACCCCAAUGUGCGUCCACAAUUUUCUCUUCAAAAAUAUUAACGUGAAUUCCAGGACCACCUACCUUGUCCUCCUCUUGAAGAAUUUCCUCAGAACAAAAGAAAUGGACAAAAUCAUCAUUUAUCUGAUUCUGCAAAUUUUCGUCCGGGAUUGUAGAACCACCAUUAACAUUCUUAAAAGGGAUAAGGAAUCUUUUAAUUUUUUGAAAUACGCCUUGCGUACCAUUUUUAUAUUUCACCUGAACAGACAGAAGUUUAACAACUGCUAUGUCAUUUCGAAUAGAACCAUCCAAAUGGAAAGAAUUGUAAAUAACUUUGUGGACCUGCCGUUAUUGUACUUCCUCCGACGGUCUUCUAACCGGGGGGGAAGCAAUACACUUGUUAAUGCAAAAAGGAAAGGACGACUGAUCACGCAGGGGGGCGGACCGCGCAGUAAAGAAGUGCUGAACACCACCAACUGGCUAACCUACCUGAAAAAUCAGAAGCAGCGAAAUGGCUAUCCAGUGGAAGAAGACCAGAUCAAUGACGACGAUUAUGAUGAUGACGACUGUGACGACUAUGUGGAAGGUCGUCUGCCUGGGGGAGGGGCACCACGAAGGGGGAAGUUUCACCCAGGAAGGAAAAGACGAAUGGCCAUGAAUAUGGCUACGGAGCAGGCAACUAACAAAGGAGGAGAUGCCUAUAUUAAUGAGGAAGAGGAAAGUGACGUGGAGGAAGGGGACUAUGAUGAGGAGAGCAUCUCGUAUGGGGACACGGAUCAGUAUGAGGACACUGAGGAUGAAUACGAUCGGGGGAAUUAUUCACCCUAUGGUGGAAGGCACUCUCAGGAUGACGACAGUGAAGACGAUGCCGAUGGGGAUGACCUGAUGAAGGAGGACCUACUCUACAUGAGCGACACUAUGUGCGGAGGUGGCAAAAGCAGAGGAAGGGAAUUAAAAAGGUCAUACAGAACUGAACGACGACGCCUUCUCUCCAGACGGAAAGAGAAGGAACCCCAAAUGGAUGACGAACUAUUAACCACAUACCGACGUCUGAAAUUGAAAAAAAAAAAACAAAUGAAGUAUAUGUACGAUUAUCUGUCGGAUAACGAUAUUAUAGACACCAUUAAGAGUAAAAAGAUUUGUGUGUUUUACGACAAUAAGGAGAAGGAAGAAGACAAGGACAACCUCAGUCUGUACAACAUAAAUGGUGAAGACAGCAAUGAAAACUACUGCAGGGAAGACUACUACAGGGAGAUAAAAUCUAUUGACCCCAAAAUGGUGGGGUAUUGCAGUUCGUACAAUUUUCUCCCUAUUAACAACUUCUACACGGAAAAGUACGACUUUUUGGAGACCGAGCUUGUGCACGUGAGUGACCUCAGACUCUACUUCUAUGUCAAAUCGUUUAAGCGCCAUGCGUACUUUAAGAGGAUGCUGAGGAUAGAGAACGCCGUCGGUGGGGUGAGCGGUGGGGCAAGCCAUGGAGGAGGAAUGCACGACGCUCCGAUUAGCACACCAAUCAGUUCGCCUCAUGCCGAAAGCAAAGCCAACCCCAACGUGCAGGAACAGAAGGGAGGGAAAUCCCCAGUUGCCGUGGGUAGCAACGCUGCCCCGCACAACACGCAGGAAGAAGCCCAGGCAGCCGCCAACAGACACAACAGCUACGACAAAACGGAAGAAGCAAAAGACAUAGAGAAGACAAUCGAGAGGGAGUUAAAAUUCUACGACUUUUUCAACCGACUGAAUAAGUUAAACGAGAACAUGUUAUUUCCAAGCAACUUCCAUGACAGCAGGGAUGAACAAAUGAAGUACUUUGAUCAGAUAAAAAAAGUCAUUAGUGGUGAAAAGGAAAUUUAUGGUAAAACAUACCAAGAGGAAAACUUACUCAUUCCGAUAAAGGAGCUGUUAAAAGAGAAGAAGGAGGAGGCAGCCAAGACGCUCAGCACCGAAAUGAAGAGGAAACAAAUCUUACUAAACAACGAACUGUGUGAAUGGAUCGAACUGAGUCAUCUUGUUCACGUCGACAUUGACUACAACGAUAUAAGAGGACUGAACAAGAAUCGCGUUCUCAACAAUUAUAGUAAAAUUUCUGUCACAAAACUUAUUCUCUACUUUUAUGAAGUGCUAACGAGGAAGUUUCUCUUCCUGAACAAUUCGGACUCACUGAUUGAAAAUUGCGUUUUGUCUUUACUGGGUUUGUCUUUCAUUCCAGCGAAACAUAGUGAAAAGAAGAAUGUACUAACCACCGUGGAGGAGGGCAUGGAGCUGGAGCAGCAGUGCUUCCUGAGUACCAUGAUUGACAGUGUCAUCGUGGACUUUUCCUCUUUCGACAAUGUACGAGAGUUGAUACAUGUGGAUUACCGCCCAAGGGGGGAAGAAAAAGAAGAAGAGGAAAGUGAAGUAGAUGUGGAGGAGGAAGAAGACGGGGUGAGGAGUUAUGCUGACCCGCGUUGCAACGACGUGAACGGUAUGGAUUCCUCCAAAAAAAGAACCAAACCCACCUCCAACAACGAACGCAGGAGCGACUACUACAGAAGCAACAUCCACCUGAGUAAUCUGAACAACUGGAGGCAAUACAACAUAUUCGAAAAAAACUCCUACCUUACGAAGAGCCUUAACAUACUCUACAUGAUUGUAAAAAAUAAAAAGAUAAAGGAUUACGUAAUUUCUCUAAUAACCAACAUGUGGGUAAAUAAGUUCAGUGUGUUUUAUUACCUGACCCAAAAUGUAGACAUACAAAAAUUGAAGGACACAGAAAAAAUUAUUUUUUUCAGAAUUUCCUUCCACAUUUUAAACGUCUUCGUUCCAAUCAUUGAUCACAUUUUGAAUAACAUUGAUAAGCACGUGGAGCAAUUUAUGGAUAUGAAUUUCUCCCUAGGGGGUGAAGAGGAGACACCGCAAAUGAGCAACGAUAACGCUGCAACAGUUACAAUUGAAGAGCAAUUCAAGAAAAAUCAACACAAGAAGGGACGACAAAAUGUGAACCCAUUCGACUCCAUCGUUAACGAAAAUAACUUCAAUGAGAAGAAAACCUUGUUCGAAUUUUUGAACCCCAUUUUCAAUUAUGAGAACGCCAAUAAUUUUGUGACGCAUUUUCUACACAUGAUCAAAUGUUACAAUGACAGCUAUUUGAAACAUUACGUUUAUCACUACUAUUUGUUUAAUUACGAUUUUCGCUUUCAGAGUUUGUUCAAUUUUUCCAACGUUGAAUUUUUGCACUAUGUGAAGAAUGACACGGGGGUACAAUCGGAGGGGGGGAUGCACCUCUCUGUGGAGAGAAACGUCCACGUGUUAUACACCAGCAUCAUCAACACGUAUGUUAACUUUUGGGGGGUACGCACAGGGGGGGUGACCUCUACCCUCAUGCGGAGGUACGACGAUCCACUUUCCCAAGCGGAUGUUUCGAUGGAGAUUGGCCCUGAGGGAGUGCCAUCCCCAAAUGAAGAAAACGUGGAAGAUGUGCAAAGGAACAAUUGUCUGAACGGUUCAGGUAAAAAUUUCAACUUUGAGCAUUUGAAUGAGAUUAUAGGGAACAAGACAUACCUUCGACGAUUUCUGAACAGGUACUACCUGAAUAGGAGUUGUCUGGAAAGGGGUGGUGAGCAGGUCACCACGAGGAGUAGGUCCUCCAAGGGGUCAGCAGCACGCACGGAAAAACGGAUUCGCAGGCGAAUGGGCAGCCGAUAUGGUAACCGCACAGGCAGCCUAGUGGUUGAAGCACCAUCGAAGCAGCGCUAUUUGGAAAAAAGCGUAUACAUCUUUAACAGCCUGAAUUACCUAAACAUCAACUACAAGAACUGGCUAGUCGUAUACAGGACGUACAUCGAAAAAGUCACCUACCUAGUCGACCUUAUCCUAAAGAUAAAAAACAACCGAGUGAACAAAAAAAUAUAUUAUUUAAAAAAUUACCUGUACAUAAUUAACAACAUACAAAAACACCUCAGGGGAAUUACCACCAUUAUCAAGUCCUCCCACUACAUCAAUUUUAACAUUCAGAUAACCCCCAUUAUGUUCAUUGUUUACCUGUUUAUUACAAUUUUUUUCUUUUCGCAUAAUAAUUGUUUUGCCUUUAGCUACCUGGCACGCACCAACCGGGGGCUUAAAAAUUUGCUCAAGGGGAAGAAGGAAAGCUUCUCGUUGUGCGGUGGGGAGGACGAGUCGGAUGAUGAUGAGGCUGGUAACCAAGCGGAUCGCAACAACCAAACGGAUGGAAAAACGAAUGGUUCAAGAGCACCCUCAAGGAACGAAACAACCACAACAACAAAAGACCAAACCGAUGAGGCGUACAAAAUUGAACAUUUGAAAUAUCACAAAAAAUUGAAAAUGUCGAAUUUCUUCUCCAAGAAAAUUCUGAACAGAGAAUUUGAGGACAACGUGUUGAGGCUUCCCAAAAGUGGUGGCGAUGUGGAUUACGAUGGGGGGACAGCGUCAUCCUCCUAUUCCAACACAAGAAAUUCCCUCCUCAGGGUUAGGAAUAAUAAUGUCGAAGCAUAUAUGCCUGCCGCUAGAGGGAAGUACAACGGAGAAGCAACCCUCCCAGGGGAAGACCAAGUGGAGCUCCUCCAAAGCAGUGGCAUGAAGAAGAAAAUACAUUACGAUGUGCACAGUGAGUAUGCCAAACUGAUCCUAAAAAGCAACGAAUUUUUUGAUGACCUUUUAGAGUUGUUCAUUUUAUUAAUUACGAAGAAGCACCCCAUUUUAAAUAAGUACACAAUUAUCUACAUAUAUGAAUGCUUGUAUACGCUGCUGAAUAUAUACCAUUACAAUUACAUGCACAGUGGGGAAGAGAACAACAUUGGACAGACAAAGAAUAUGUUCCUCUCCCUCAUGAAGAGAAUAGACCAAGAUGUUCUGAACGAUUUUAUAUGCAACCUUUUUAUGGACUCAUACAAAAGUUUUAUCACCAACAGGAAUUUCAUCAUUCCAGUUUAUUUUUACAGUAAUGUAUACAAAUUCAUUGAUUAUAACACGGAGGUGUUUCUAUACACAAAUGGGGAAGCUUCCUCUGGGGAGCGUAUGUUUGCAAACUCAGGCGUGACUGCAUUGAUGAAUGAUGACCCAUUUGGGGAGGACACCGAUUGGGAGGAGUACGGCGGAAGGGGGAAGAACCUGGUGAGCUUCCACUUCAAGGACCACCUCAAAAACAAAGUGCACCUGAACAAUCGAAGUCUAAACAUAUAUGAAGAAUCCUUCUGUUGCAACUUCUUCUACAACCGAAACGACCUAAAUGUACUAAGCAUCAACUUGCUAAUCUUCCUUCUGAACAAAAUUGGAAUACACGAGAUAGACAUUAAGAUAGACGAGGAAAACAUAAAAAAACUAAUUAAGGGAAAUUUGUUUCUUAUCCCCAAUGGAAGGGAACAGAACCACAAUGAUGAGAAGAUUUUACACACGUGUUUUUUACUUAGCUCCCUUUGUGACACCACCUACGUGAAUGAGUUUGUACAGAAGGCAGAUCUCUUCAACCUAUUUCUAAGCAGCAACAUUUUCGACCAUUUAUAUGAGUAUAAAUUUAAUUACCUCUGUUCAAGUAUUCCAUUUUUAACUUUCCCAACGAACUUUCUGGAUAACAAGAAUAUAUACCUCCCUCGUCCUUCCCUCAUCAUUUCGUACGUUACGGUUAUUUUAAAAAUUGUCGAUAAGAAGGGUCUGCACUUGUUCAGGUGGAUUGGAAGUUGGAUCAUAAAGAAUAUUCACAUAUUUGUGAACCACUUGAUUGUGAAUAACUAUUUGAUGAAGUCCAAGGAGAUCACUCACGAGGUGAAUAACUUCACCACGUAUAAUCACGAGCUUGUGUAUAAAUGUCUCUGCUACGCCAGCACGUGCAACUUUGCCAAGCAGAAAGGGGGAUCCUCAGGCGGUGCAACCAAACGAAGUGACCGUCGUGACAGUGGGGAGGAGGCAGCCGACGCGUGGACCCAUCCAGGGCAACGCCAUGCACAGAGAGACUGGCUAGGAGAUCAACAGAAAGACAAAGCCCACUCGGAGGAAUUCAUAAACCACGCAAACAUGGGGGUAGUUAAUUUAGAUAUAAUCUACGCAAGUACUUAUUACCUACUGAGGCUGUACAAGAACUACCUCCUCUACAUACACCAGAACUACCUCACCUUGAAGAAGCUGAAAAUUAUGAGGACAAAACGGGGGGGUAAAGGACUUGGUUGUAGAACUGCCAGUGCGAAGAAGAAGCGAAGCGGCAACGAGGUGACGAUGAUGAUGGGGCAGGGGUUGAUCGAAUCGGACGAUGAGGAGGGGGGUACUCACGAAAGUGACAUUGUGGAAGACGGUUCGGGGGAGAGCAGCGAGGAUGGAGCGAGUGAAAAUGACAGCACAGGGGAGGAGGGAAACCACCACCCGUUUGGACGAAUAAACAGAAGGAGCAGAAAACAUCCAACGAAUGCACCCCAAGGGGAGGACUACCACAACCGAGACUAUGAUUAUUACCAUGAGAGGGAGCACCACACGGUUCAGUAUGGGUCCACUCACCAGCGUGAUGAACACAUGACAAGUAGAACAAGUGGAGGAAGGAUGAGGAUGGAUUCCCCGCCAAGCGGAAACUACACUUCCAGUGUUGAUUACCUGUUUAGCGAAAAGAACGCUCACAAUCAACCAAUCCCGUAUCCUUCCCAUGUUGACCAAUACACACACCAUGCAUCCAAUGAGGAAGGCGAAGGAAACCUCCAAUUCGGUACAUCAAUAGAUACGUUGGACGCAUCUCUAGACACGUCGUUGAAGUUCGAGUAUAACGAGAUUUCCCUGAACAUAUGCAACCUAAUCAAGGAACACAACUACAUCUUGAAUUACAUUAAGGACCUCCUAAGCAUCCUGUCCAUUUUUGUAGUAUAUGACAUCAGCCUGAAUGACGAAAAUGAAUUGUUGAGCAAAAAUCUGAACAAAAGUAUGCUAGAAAAGAGGAGAAAAAAUAUACGGACGCAUCGUAUUUUGCAAAACAUCAUCCCAAAAUAUUCCAUAAAAUUCCAUUGUAUUAACUUAUGUCUGGAUAUCAUCGAAUACGACAUCGGACUGUAUGAUGAGUAUGUCCAGGAAUCCAAGACCAAGUACUGUGAGUACAUAAAAAUGGUUCUAAAGGUUUUUAUGAACACCUGUUUUUACUUCAUCAAUAUAAUAAAAUUUGAAAAUUUCUGUAUGCUGAAAAGUGUUUCUUUGGCCAUGAAGAAAUUGACAAAUAUCAUUUACUUUUUGCUGAACAAUUUGACUUCCAAGGAAAAGUCCCCUGAGCAGAAUUUCAUGCUAAACUGGCUGAUCUAUGACAGAGCUGGGGGGGCAGCUCAGGACCAACUCAACGGGCCAAAGAGCCAGUCGCAUCAGCCGUACCAACCGACCAAUCAGCCGAAUGAACACGAAAUCAACACCGAGCUCUUUAACGCAGAUUACAACCUCUUUGGGGAGAAGAAAACCGGAGCGGCCACCUCCGCUGCCACGGCGGCCAUGACGGGAGGAGCCCCCUCCCCCACCGCAGAGAACGUCAAGAAAUUCUUCGAAAAUAUCGAAAUAGACAUUCACGUCAUGAAGAAGAUACUUACCUGCGUGAUUUACUUCACCUACGCCAUGCUUAACAAUCAGAAGGUCAACCAGAUUAACAUCGAAAGCAUCAACCUCAAGCACAUUAACCGAAUUGACCUGAAGAAGCUUGCCAACUCCUACCUGGAAAAGAACAACAUCCUGAACGUUUUCACCUUCAUCCUGCAACGCUCCACGCAGAUCUACUACCUCAUCUACAACUACGCCACGGCGGCGUCGAAGCGGUAG